GAGGCCAAUAUUCUUCGAGAGAAAAAAAAUCAAUUCCAUUCUUCUGCACAGGCACUUCACAAUAUGGAUAAUAUACUCACACAAAAAAUGCCUGCAGGCAUGGUGGUUGCUCAGACUGUAGGCAUUACAGCGAGCAUGUUCUUAUUCGGAAGUAACACAUGUCUCUCCCUUGUCGGUAUACACACGGCCAUGGAAGCGCCUGCUCCCCUUGCCGUCAAGCAAUGGUACUCAAUCUUUACCCGAGGCGGAGCAAUUGCCCGCCCACUUGCUAUCCUUUCGGCUCUGGCAACGGGUUAUGUUGCUUACAACCAAGACCCCAGUUCGACCGCUUUCCGUCUGAACCUUGCUUCUACUAUUCUUCUCCCCAGUAUUGUACCUUUUACACUGCUCGUAAUUGCGCCCACAAAUGCAAAGCUCAUGGCUAAGAGAGAUGAGCUUGAAUCUGCCUCACUGGAAGACAAAGCUGUCGAGGCAAAUGCUGCCCAGGGCGAGACGGUGCAUGAGCUGAUGGAUCGGUGGGCCACGCUCAAUAUGGCGAGAACGUUGUUGGUAGGCGUGGGCGCUGCAUGUACUGUGCUUGCGGCAGCGAGCAAGAGAGAGGUCGUGAAAUUUGGGAGCAUGGCCAUCAAGAGCGGAGCAAACAGGUUGUAGAAAGAUAAUGAAAAAGUAGACAAAUGACAAGACUCGGAUAAUUGGGACAUGGGUUUAGAAACCAAAUCAAAUUCAUGCCUACGUGGA